GGGAACUCCCGGCCUCGUUGUUCGCUGGUACCGCCUUCUGACUUCCGGUAUUGCUGCGCUCUGUAGGGCCAAUCGGGAGCCUGGAAUUGCUUUCUUGGAGCUCUGAUUGGUGCAUUCGACUAGGCUGCCUGGGUUCAAAAUUUCAACGAUACUGAAUGAGUCCCGCGGCGGGUUGGCUGGCGCUUCGUUGUCAGAACUGAGGAGAGGCUAGGUGAGCCGUGGGAAGAAAAGAGGGAGCAGCUGGGGCGCGGGUCUCCCUCCUCCCGGAGUUUGGAAUGGCUGAAGUUCACCUUCCAGCUCCUAGCGCAGUUCGCGCGGGUAGGCCUGGCUUCUGAGGCGGUUGCGGUGCUCGGUCGCCGCCUAGGCGGGGCAGGGUGCGAGCGGGGGCUUCGGGCCACCCUUCUCUUGGCGACAGGAUUUUGCUCUGAAGUCCGUCCGGGAAACUGGGGGGAAAAGGAGUUGCGGGAGGCUAUCGUCUAAUAAAGGUUCUUGAUACAUAUUUGCCAGACUUCAAGAUUUAAGAAAAGGGGUGAAAGAGAAGAUUGCAACUUUCAGUCAGGCCUGUAGGCCUGAUAGACUGAUUAAACCACAGAAGGUGACCUGCUGAGAAGAGUGGUACAAAUACUGGGAAAAACCUGCUCUUCUGCACUAAGUGGGAGACAAUGUCACAAGUUAAAAGCUCUUAUUCCUAUGAUGCCCCCUCGGACUUCAUCAAUUUUUCAUCCUUGGAUGAUGAAGGCGAUACUCAAAACGUAGAUUCAUGGUUUGAGGAGAAGGCCAAUUUGGAGAAUAAGUUACUGGGGAAGAAUGGAACUGGAGGGCUUUUUCAGGGCAAAACUCCUUUGAGAAAGGCUAAUCUUCAGCAAGCUAUUGUCACACCUUUGAAACCAGUUGACAACACUUACUACAAAGAGGCAGAAAAAGAAAAUCUUGUGGAACAAUCCAUUCUGUCAAACGCUUGUUCUUCCCUGGAAGUUGAGGCAGCCAUAUCAAGAAAAACUCCUGCCCAGCCUCAGAGAAGAUCUCUUAGGCUUUCUGCUCAGAAGGAUUUGGAACAGAAAGAAAAGCAUCAUGUAAAAAUGAAAGCCAAGAGAUGUGCCACUCCUGUAAUCAUCGAUGAAAUUCUACCUUCUAAGAAAAUGAAAGUUUCUAACAACAAAAAGAAGCCAGAGGAAGAAGGCAGUGCUCAAGAUACUUCUGAAAAGAAUGAAUCUUCCCCAGAGAAAGCCAAGGGUAGACAUACUGUGCCUUGUAUGCCACCCAUAAAGGCCAACGCUCUAGGUCCUUCAUCUCCUGCCCGAGUGACUAAGGGAUGUACCAUUGUUAAGCCUUUCAACCUGUCCCAAGGAAAGAAAAGAACAUAUGAUGAAACAGUUUCUACAUAUGUGCCCCUUGCACAGCAGGUUGAAGACUUCCAUAAGCGAACCCCUAACAGAUAUCAUUUGAGGAGCAAGAAGGAUGAUAUUAACCUGUUACCCUCCAAAUCUUCUGUGACCAAGAUUUGCAGAGACCCACAGACUCCUGUACUGCAAACCAGACACCGUGCACGGCCUGUGACCUGCAAAAGUGCAGCAGAGCUGGAGGCUGAGGAGUUCGAGAAACUGCAACAAUACAAAUUCAAAGCACGUGAACUUGAUCCCAGAAUACUUGAAGGUGGGCCCAUCUUGCCUAAGAAACCACCUGUGAAACCACCCACUGAGCCUAUUGGCUUUGAUUUGGAAAUUGAGAAAAGAAUCCAGGAGCGAGAAUCAAAGAAGAAAUCAGAGGAUGAACACUUUGAAUUUCAUUCCAGACCUUGCCCUACUAAGAUUUUGGAAGAUGUUGUGGGUGUUCCUGAAAAGAGGGUACUUCCAAUCACUGUCCCCAAGUCACCAGCCUUUGCAUUGAAGAACAGAAUUCGAAUGCCUACCAAAGAAGAUGAGGAAGAGGACGAACCAGUCUUGAUAAAAGCUCAACCUGUGCCACAUUAUGGGGUGCCUUUUAAGCCCCAAAUCCCAGAGGCAAGAACUGUGGAAAUAUGCCCUUUCUCCUUUGAUUCUCGAGACAAAGAGCGUCAGUUACAGAAGGAGAAGAAAAUAAAAGAACUGCAGAAAGGGGAGGUGCCCAAGUUCAAGGCACUUCCCUUGCCUCAUUUUGACACCAUUAAUCUGCCAGAGAAGAAGGUAAAGAAUGUGACCCAGAUUGAACCGUUCUGCUUGGAGACUGACAGAAGAGGUGCUCUGAAGGCACAAACUUGGAAGCACCAGCUGGAAGAAGAACUGAAACAGCAGAAAGAAGCAGCUUGCUUCAAGGCUCGUCCAAACACCGUCAUCUCUCAGGAGCCCUUUGUUCCCAAAAAAGAGAAGAAAUCAGUUGCUGAGGGCCUUUCUGGUUCUCUAGUUCAGGAACCUUUUCAGCUGGCUACUGAGAAGAGAGCCAAGGAGCGGCAGGAGCUGGAGAAGAGAAUGGCUGAGGUAGAAGCCCAGAAAGCCCAGCAGUUGGAGGAGGCCAGACAACAGGAGGAAGAGCAGAAAAAGGAGGAGCUGGCCAGGCUACGGAGAGAACUGGUGCAUAAGGCAAAUCCAAUACGCAAGUACCAGGGUCUGGAGAUAAAGUCAAGUGACCAGCCUCUGACUGUGCCUGUAUCUCCCAAAUUCUCCACUCGAUUCCACUGCUGAACUCAGCUGUGAGCUGCGGACACCGCCUGACAAUGGGACCUGCUCUUAAUAUCAAACCUGAGACCAUCUUGCUUUGUUACUGGGCAUGGAGAGAACCCAUUUCUCCAGACUUUUAGCUACCCAUGCCUGAGAAAGCAUACUUGACAACUGUGGACUCCAGUUUUGUUGAGAAUUGUUUUCUUUUUCAUUACUAAGGCUAAUGAGACAUAAUGCAUGUAUGUCUCGAUUAGACUCCAUGUAGUUACUUCCUGUAAACUAUCAGCUGGCCCUUUAUAUGGGUCUUCACUCUGAUUAGAAUUUAGUCUCUGUGUCAGCACAGUGUAAUCUCUAUUGCUAUUGUCCCUUACCAUUCUCCCCCUCCCCCCACUUUUUUUUUUUUUUUUUAAUUUUAACCAGAAAAUAAAGAUAGUUAAAUCCUAAGAUAAGGAUUAAGUCAUGGUUUAGAUGAGGAACAAUCAAUACAUCAGAUUCUGUCCUCUUCCCUGCAUACAGUGAAUUUAUAGUUAAGGAUCCCUUUGCUGUGAGGGUAGAAAACCUCACCAGCUGCACCAGUGAGGAAGAAGACUGCAUGGACUCAUGGGGAGCCUCACAGCAGCCAUGCAGCAGGCUCUGGGUGGGGCUGCCGUUAAGGCAUGUUCUCUCCUUAUUGGUGCUGAUAAGAACAGGGAACCAGUACAGUGUGCAUUUUAAGACCUAGCCUGGAAUAAAUGUUUUGUCUUCCCUCC